AGGGAACUGUUACGGUUCAGAUCAUUUUUAGCUCAAAUAAUGCGACAAGGCAUGCAACUAACAAUGUUGUUAAUCACGCAGUGGGUUUUCCUCCUCUGUUCAUUCGCAGUGCAGUCUUCCUCGGCCAAUCUUGCUGCAGACCAUUCGUUUUUUGCUCCUCUUGACGAAAACCAAAAUGUCAAGCUGUACUGGAAUGUGAGCAUUGCAAGAAAGGAAAUUAUCUUCACUGUUGAGGCGAAGGCGACAGGAUGGGUAGGAUUUGGCAUCUCCAGCGGUCAAGGCAAAAUGCAAGGAGCAGAUAUUGUUAUAGGAUGGGUGAAAGACGGACAGACAUACUUCAAGGCAAGUAAAACUGUCUCAGUCCAAGUCAUGUAGAAUGAUUCGGCUACUUAUAGGUAGGCACACAUCGAGUUUACAGAGAUAUUUUACGCAACAGUAAUCAUUUGAAUGCUUAUCAGUCCUAGCAACGGAAAUUGUUUGCCAAUCGAAUCACUUUGCAUGGAUUGUUCAGCAAAAAAAGAGCGUUCUCUAUCACUGGCAUACAGUUCAAUAUAGCCAUAAAACAGUGUUCAGUAUAAUCAACUCUACCCCUUAGCUUAAUAAGAAUUUAUUCUUCCCCUUUGUACUCAUGUUAGGCGGAAGUGUUGUACUAAAAACUCACUAACCCACUAAAAAAUAGCUUGUAACUUUAUUCUCUUAAGCCCCAAAUAUAACAUUUGAGUUUGGUUCUGCUGUGAUCACAAACCUUCACUGUAACGGAUUCAUUAAAGUUUAACCCAUGAAACAAAUGCAAAGCUGAGUCAUCGCUAAUUUAAUUCGAAAGAAAACAAAAGAGUUAGUCGCCUGGUGACUUUAUGGUGUCUAAUUUCCAUUUAAUAAUAAUAAUAAUAAUAAUAAUAAUAAUGAUUUGGAGGUUCAUUAAUUGAGAAUAAAGACACUCUUUGAUCUGCUAAUUUCUAAUAACUAUUUAGUUUAGCCCGUGACUACUAUAGCGUUGUAUAAAUACACAUCAACAAGUAUUUCAUUCAUAAUACAUACAAUAUAAUUAUGAAGACUGUAGCAGUGAAAUAAAGCGAGCAUGACUGACUUACAGCCACCGCCGCACAGCUAGGAAUAGAAUUGAUCAUGUUUUUUAAUACAUAUUCGUUCUUGGAGCGGUUUAUGAAAGCUCCAUUUUAGGGCCAUCCUCGGAGACCCAGGGGCAGUCAGUCGGGUCGGGAAAAAAGGCGGGACGAAAGUUUUCAAGUAAGUGCGGAAGAGCCCCUGGGUACCGACUCUCACCGGACCAUUUCCAAAAAUUCAAGCGGAUGCCGGCUUCUGAUUGGGCACAAAAAAUGCUUUGUAUUAUUGUGCCCAAUCGGCGAACACUUCUCAAUGAGUUCUUUUCGUGUGUUCGUACAUGACGGCUAUUGUCUCGAUCACGGCUUGUCUAGCUUAUGCACUAAAGAAAUGCACGCAGUUAGGAAACUUUCAGUUUGAUAUAAAAUCCCCAUCUGAUCCAACUCGCUUACUUUGUCAAAUGCAAGCGAACUCUUCUGAACCAUAUCAAAGUUCAUGAACCGAAUGAAUUUGGUUAUUGCUUGUUUACUCCUUCGCAAAACGUGAAGUUAGGCAUUUUCACGGGUAGUCGUGCAGCUGACGGCAAAGAAGUGUACAAAAAAGCGUGAUGCACGUGCAAAGCUGUUGUUUUGCCUUGUCAAGCUAUUACUUAUUUGAAUUUCUUAUCGCCGCCGCAUCUUAAUUGUGAUCCGUCAAAAGCAGAAUAUUCUCGGGGCAAAUUCAAUUGCUCUUGCUGAUAGUAACCCAAACGUUUUUUCAACUCAUCGGUAAUUCCUUUGUUUCUGGUUAGGAACUAGAAAAUAAAAGUUUCCCUUGUACGCACAAGCUUGGUGAGCGAACCAGGCAAGUGUGGCGAGACAAUAGCCGACGUGUACGAAAUCACGAAAAGAACUCAGGAGCAACUGUUCGCCGAUUGGGCACAAUAAUACAAAGCAUUUUUUGUGCCCAAUCAGGAGCCGGUAUCAGCUUGAGUUUUUCGAAAUAGUUCGGUGAGAGUCGGUACCCAGGGGCUAUUUCGCCCGUAAUGAAAACUUUCGUGCCGCCUUUUCUCCCGACCCGAAUGACUGCCCCUGGGUCUCCGAGGAUGUUUUAGGGCAUAUCGAGCAUCAUAAAUGUACGUGAUCGGCGUACGUAAAAAGUUUUAAAAAAUGCUUGGUAGGUGAAUAUUUAAUAUAUACACACUCAGUGUUCUUUGUAUUUUAAGCAAUCUGAUUGGCUCGCCAUCUCGGACUAUUAAACAAUUAUUUAAUAGGCUCAGUAUGAUGCGAAGAAUUAUUACAGCCUCCGAGAUCUGCAAAAUUCGUCAGAUCAUGCGAAAGCCGAAUAGGACAAUUGCACGAUGACGAUAUUUGACUACAACUACCAGAAUUCAUUUCGGUUUUGCUUUGUUGUUUAAAUUUGUCAAUCCCGCCGAGGACUAAAAAAAACAAUAGCCUUAAUUUGCCCAAGAAAACAAGAAACUCAAUGAUUCUGGUAGUUGUCGUAAAAUGACGUCAUCGUGCAAUUGUCCUAUUCAUUAAUUGUUUUAUUAUUCAUUCAGUUCUGAACAAGUUUACUUCCUCGUCGACCUUUUUGUAAAAUUUUGGCCUAUUUCUCGGCACGGUUUCAGAUAUAAACAGAUGUUUUUUUCUUGCAGAUACUCCUGAAAAACGUAGAUAACAUCGAUCGAGCAAUAUGUUUUGAGAAUUCUUUCAUUUCUUCAGUUGGAGACGAAGUUGAUCAAUGGUCUAUUGCCUAUGCAGCCUCUUUCCAAUCAAAUAUAACAUCGGUCAACCUCGUUUCAAUCAGUAUACCAUUGACUACAAUGGUAUAUUGCUCGCGUCUUCCAAAUUUGGUCAGCACCAGUUGGUCAUGAAGAAUUAGCCAGGAGAUUGCAAGCUAAUCAGAAACGGCGAAAUGUUUUGAAUCAUAAUUAGCAUGCAAUUAUUGAAUGAGGCUGAGUAGCAGGUGAAGAAUUAUGUGGAUCUUAGAGGAUGAUAUCCACCUCGGCCGAACACAUUAUCAUACGAAAGCCAAAUUUAGUGAUUGUUUUAUUAUUCCUUCAAAAUAUUUCUAAGUUCUUAACAACCUUACCUCCUCGUAGACUUUGGCCUAUUUUUCGGCACUGUUUAUAUAAGGAUAUAGACACAUGUUUUUUCUUGCAGAUAAUUCUCAAAAAGUGGAUAACAUCCAUCGAGCAAUAAUAUGCCUUGCGUAUUCUUGCUUUCCUUCCAUUCAGUUUUAAACAGAAAUCCAGCUAUUUCGUCUUCGGAUAGCAGCACGCGUGAAAGCUUGUUUUUUUGUUAGUUCACUCGUGAAUAAACAGCUGGGCCGCCGCGCUGGAAACGAGGUUGAUCGACGAUGGUCUAUUGCCUAUGCAACCUAGUUUCCAAAUGAAUAUACCAUCGAUCAGCCUCGUUUUCAAAUCAAUAUACCAUCGAUCAUCCUCGUUUCCAAGUCAAUAUACCAUCGAAUCGAUGUUGUUCCUACCUUCCAAAUUUGAUCAACGCUAGUUGGUUAUGAAGAAUUAGCCGGGGGCUUUGAGCCAGUCAGAAACAGUAAAUACGUAUACUUUGAAUAAAUAAUAAUUAAAACUCUCAUUCAGGAGGCACUUGUGAUAAACAUUUUCAAGUGCAUUACACCCCUAGAUUACAAAACCUUUACGUGUAAACAAGAGAUUUACUUGUAACCGAUCCGUUCCUUCCCCCUUGAUGCGUAAAAACAACCUCGUUCCCAGGGCUUUUCAACUUUUAGCCUGUUGAUUUAUGACUCAAACGCGAAAUUUAGCAGCGUUCACUGGACUAUUACGGCUGGAAAUUGAAUUCAAUUUUCCACUUUCAUGGUUAAUGAAAAAUGUGUUUGAAGUUGUCAGUCAAGCGUGAGAAAAUGUCUUAUAUGCGUUUGAUCGAUGGUUUCGAUCCGUUGGUGUGUGACUCGCGCAUGAAGGCGGCAUGUGAGUUGGCAGGUAUCGGAAUGACCUAUGUACUCGUACAACCUAGUACAAACCUACAUGAAUCUGAAAACGCUUUUGUUGCACCCUACAGGAUCGACAUGCAGAUGGUCGCGUGAUGCCAAAAAUCGAUUCGCAACAGGAUUGCGAGUUGAUAUCUCUUGAGGAAGACAAUGGAAAAACCACAAUGACAUUUAAAAGAAAACUGGACACAUGCGAUCCUCAAGACAAUAAAAUCGAGGUAGGCACGUACGUACUAGACAUUUGUCAAAGUCUUAAAAAUUAAUGUUAAAAUUUAAUUGUAUAAACCAAAUUACAAUAAAGAAAUUUAAAAGCUGACGGGUGCGUUGCCCUGAAUCUUUACAGGGGGGGGCAUAUUGGCUUUAUCACAUGUUUCUUAUUUAAGACAUUUAACCCUUUUCGGACUGCUAAGGUCGUAAAACUACCCAUAUGGAACGAUUUAAAUACAUUCCUCCCUGGACCCAUUUAGCUUUCAGUUAAGUUAAUAAAUUGGUAAGCAACAAUGUCAGCAAAGAUAUAUCUUUCCAGCGAUACCUCGUUUUGGAUAUUCUGAACAAUCCUGACAGAGUUACACUCACAAAAAAGGUAACAUUUUGGGGAAAAAUACACUGCCAAUUUCGCUGCUUACAUACUACUCUUUGAAAGUUAAGUUUGCCCUUUUCCUAACAAGUUAGCCAGCCACAAUUCCUUGCAAAAGAAAGACGAUAAAGUGCGCAACAAAACCACCAAUAAAGAAGGAAAGAAAGAAAAAAAGAGAGCGAGAGAGAAAGAUCGCAAUAGAUUCGCAAAAAAGGUACAAAUUUUGGCUUUUGCGCAUUCGUGAAAAACAAGUACGUCAGGUUAGUCGGAAAAUAUGCUUUUUUCUUGCAAAACUCGUUUUUAUCCAUUCUUAUGCUAAUUAGCCGAAAACCAGUCCAAAGAAGAGGAAUUGAUGAAAAAUAAGGUUUUUUCGCUACUCGCCAACCGUCACCAAAGGGUUAAAGAAACUAAAUAUAAACUUUUGCCGGCUUCACUCUCACACAGACGCAAACUUUUUCCCAGGGCCUCCCUUGAGGGGAUGUGGAGAGGAGAGACCCUUGAAAAAAUGUUGCCUCAAAGGCAAUAACAUAGUGUCUUUUGAAACAAACUUCUCUAAUCAUUUGUCUUAAAGAUGGCCCAAAUUAGGGAUUUAGAUUAUUAGAAAGCAGGCGAUGCGAAUUUUGAACGUGGGCGUCUCUAUACCUAGUGUUUUACUUCCUCAACAAGUUUCGUACAUCAACAGUGGCUCCUUCCCGUUAGCCACCAAACCUGAUAAAGUGACAGUGACACUGCUGUUUACUAAGUGAUUUGAAUGGUGGCUGAGACUUUGACAACACUUUCAAUUUUCAGGCAGGGACAACGAAAGUGAUCUAUGCUUACCACCCAGAAGAUCCAGCCUCAGAAAAUUCCAUUCUACAACACAGCCUUGGAAACCGUGGGCAAAGGAGUGUGUAUCUACUAAACAACGCCAACAAAGAACCAACUCUGCCACCUGAUACUAAAACCUUUGAUAUAAGGCACAAUAUGGUAAUACUUUGUGUCGUUUUAGUUUUAUUCAGAAUAGCGCGGUAAACUUUUCAUAAAGAAAGCGUGAAAAAAUUGAAGAUAAGAAUAUGCUGUUUAACGAAGUUUAAAUAUUAACUAAAGGUGGCUCCAACCAGGCUCCUGCUCCGACACAGUUUCUCUGAGAUAGAGUUGCAGGCUCUACGAAAUUUCCCUGACGCAAUUCUUUUCGGGCUCACAAAAGUCUGGCGUGAUCUAAAGAAUAAUAAAAAUUAGAAGUUUUCGCAUCUAGAAAUGCUUAAUUCCUGUACUGUUAACCCCUUUGCCAUAAGAAUAUUUGCAUUCAAGGAGCUUUUCAAGAAAAAAAUGUGAGGACAAGCUAAUAUAAAUGCCCAGAAGUUGUCAGUAGAAAUCUAUUCUGUUUUCGUCGCUUUUGUCAUAUCGCACAAGUGAUCUCAGCGCGCAAACAUGGCUUAUCUGAGUUUGAAAGAUGUACAUUUGUCUGAUAAUUAUUAUUAUUAAUUUUUUUGUCUUUUAGACUGUCAUCCCUAAAGAUGGAACUAGCUACAUUUGUAAAGUUUUUGAAAUCCCUAAACUCAAUGAAACCCAUCAUAUCGUAAAGGUGAGAUUCUACACAAAAGGAAGGAGCAUAAUAAUAAUCAUAAUAAUAAUAAUAAUAAUUUAAUAAUAAUAAUAAUAAUAAUGAUAAUGAUGAUGAUGAUGAUGAUGAUGAUGAUGAUAACGGUUUAUUACAAAUCACAAGCUAGGACCUUACUGUGAAUUAUUGUUUUUAAAAAAAUAAGGUAAAGGUAUUGAUAUUCGACCACAAACUGCAAAAUAAAUAAUCCGUUGACUUACUUUGAUUUGUAAACUUAGAUUGAACCUGUCAUUCAAGCGGGCCACGAGGGUGUGGUUCACCACAUAUUGGUGUACGAGUGCAGUGAUGAUUUUCCAAAGCACCUACUGAACUAUACUGGUAGAUGUUAUGCUUCCAACAUGCCUCCUCAAAUUAGAGAAUGUGCUGGGCUCUUAACCAUUGCUGGCUGGGCUAUAGGUGGUAAAGUAAGUAGCUAUAUAAUGAUGUUGAUAAGUAGAGAUGAAUGGCAAACUGAUCGAUACUGAAGUCAGAGAAAGGUGUAAUAACUAUUUAAAUGAUCCGUAGCUUCUUUGAAAUGUGCAUCUCUAAUAGAAGCUAGAUUUUGUUGGAAACUAACAAUGUUGGCAGGUCAUCUUUUAAGUGUGCCUACCAAGUCAUCAUUCAUACGAGAGUACUGCAUUCAAAUGACAGAGAAAUUCUUGUUUACCAUUAUUUUUAAAGUAGCAGGAGACUUGCAUUUUCUACUCAGCUGCUUUGAACUACUCAUUUAGCCCAUGGGAAUAUACCUUUUCUUACAAAAGCUUUCCUAUGAAGUGGUGGUGUAAUCUAGAUUACAGCAUUUCAUUCAAUAUGUGAUAAAAUUAAUGGUACCAUAAUUAGAAAACGAGAUAUCUUAACAAUCUUAAAUAACACGGUUUAAGUUAAACAGGAAUAGUUUCAUAAAAUGGGUAAUAUACAAUGUAGAAGAAUAAAAACAGUGAGCAGAUAGAGAUUGCACCUCAAAAAGCCAAAGGGUAAAAGCUUCAGAGCUGUUAAAAAUAUUGAUUCCAUACUAGUAUUCUAUUUUUUAAAGGAAUUCUAUUACCCGGAACACGUUGGAUUCGCCAUUGGAAAAGCAGAUAGCCCAAAGGUUGUUUUUCUCGAAGUCCACUAUGACAAUCCUCAGCAUAAGGAAGGUACUGAAAACUUAGCACAUAUAACACAUCUCUGGGGAAAACCUUUUCGAGUGCCAAUUUGAUAUAUACUGACUCUAUUUGUCCAAAAUAGCUUGACAUAAAACUUUUCUAAGGGUUUGCAUAACAUAGUCUUAAGUUUUAUACACAAACUGACAAGAUACUCAAAGUAUCAUAUUACCAUGCAGCGGUAAGUUUUUGCUCUUGACAGGCGAUGUGGUCUGUCAUCUUUCUUGUGAUUUUGCUGAUCAUAUUCGCUUACUAUUUCAUAACCUAUUAAUUAACUCAUCGUCAAUUUGACUAAUGGCAGCAAUUAUGUUUGGCCCCAAGAUGAUAAAUUUUCGUCUACCCAAGUUGCAAAUGGCAGGGUCUGAAAUUUUUGAAGCAUUAUUUGGUAAUGUAGAACUCAUUUGGAGGGGUAAGGAGAGGUCAGUUCGGGGAACUUGGGGGGAGGGGGGGGGAGUUGAACUUUUUUUUAUAUUACAGUGUCACCUAAUAUAACUUGAAACGGCUAGGGCUGGAAUUUAAUUUAAACAAACAAACAAACCCCAAAAAAGGAAAACAAAACAAAAGCAAAAAACAUAAUUAAGGAACUGGUUCAAAACCAAGGAUGGAAAGGGCAGCGAAAACAUUGCUAAUUGUGAAUUCUUCUUCUGAUUUACUCUGAAAACUUGGUGGGUAAUCGACGCAUUUGGCAUUUAAAGAUGUUCACUUUUUCCCAAAGGCCUUCAGUCUGAUAAAUUUUGUUUUUCUUAAGGAAUGAUUGAUAGUUCUGGGUUGCGGUUUCACUACACUAAACAGUUAAGAAAAUACGAGUCAGGAAUACUGAUGGUUGGAGCGAACGUAAACCCGGCUAUGGUGAUUCCUCCGAGGGAGAAAGACUGGGAAAUAAACGGCUUCUGUAGCCCAGAUUGCACCCAAAAGGUACCGCCAUCUACCGAUACUUGCUUUUCAAUUCAGUAAGGACCUCGCUUGUCCUACAAAUUUAUAACUAAAAAAUUGCAUUGGCUUUAUUGACCAGGGCCCAGUUGUUCGAAGGCCGAUUAGCGCUUAACCCGGGGUUAAAUUUUACCCGGGUUUCUCUUUCUUGUGUUCAAAAGCAUUUUCUCGGAUAAUUUUCUCUGUCUGGAUUUCAUACAAGGUGCCUGUACUGAGUCUCUAAAUGCCCAACUUCAAGGAGCCAUUACUCACCCUCCCCACCCAUGAAGAUUAUGACUAGUCAAUCACUUCCCCCAAGCUCUGCUACUAGUGUUAUGAUUAUGAGUCACCGCAUUGAUUUGGCUGGCCUAGGCCACAGGAAAAAUUCUCUGACUUUGCACUGCUUUCCUACAUAAAACUCUAACCAAAGUGACAAAAUCUCCCCUCCCCACCCCCCUGGUUUUCACUCAAAACAAGGAAGCCACCCACCCACGGAUAGGUCUGGGCCUGGGCUCUCCGCUGACACCUAGCAAGACGGCAAGCCCCCUGAUCGAUCGAUGGAUCGAUCUAUCUAUCUAUCUAUCUAUCUAUCUAUCUAUCUAUCUAUCUAUCUAUCUAUCUAUCGAUGGAUCGAUCUAUCUAUCUAUCUAUCUAUCUAUCUAUCUAUCUAUCUAUCUAUCUAUCUAUCUAUCUAUCUAUCUAUCUAUCUAUCUAUCUAUCUAUCUAUCUAUCUAUCUAUAUUUACAGACAUAAAAGUACUCUUUAGGUAUUUAUUCUGGCAAUUAGGCCUUAAAAAAACUUGGGGUCAAUUCAGUUAAACUUUUACCGUGUGAUUGAAAAGUACAGCUGUUUCUCUGAGAUGCUCUAAAACAGAUAGUUGCUCUUGCAUCUUACACUCGUAAAAACGGUAUUUAAUUGAGCCCAGCCACUAUUCACCUAGAUUUCAAAGAAUAAUUGUUAAAUAUAUUAGAACUGUUGAUGAAAGUAAUUUAAGCGUUUACUGACAAUGAGUGAAGGUUUCCCUAAUUUCCAAGGCCCAUGUAAAAUGUAUGUAUACAAUUUUUAAGGGACUGAAAGAAACCUCGUUACCUGAAGGGGGAAUCAAUGUCUUUUCGGCGCUGCUACAUACACAUCUAGCUGGUGAGUUUUAAAAGAGAUAAGAUAGACUGCAACUUUAUAAAAGACGAAUAAAGAUACCAUUUUUAUCUCUAAAAACUUGAAGAAUACAAUGAGUACGUCAUAAAGUGAGGCCAGAAAUGCUUAGAUCAGACAAAACGGGAGGGAGGGAAACUCUAUGUGAGUUCUAAAAGUAGGGAUAAAAUUUCAUGGUCAUUGGUCCACAGGUGGCCCUAGCCCUCGAGGCUUAAUUGUCAAAUUAAUUGACUGAAGGAAAUAAAGACAGCAAAAUUUCUUACCUUGAUUUCGUUGUCAGUUUAUUGUGUGGUCCUGGCAUUUGAGGCCUUCCACAGCGAUUCCAACGAAAGAUUUUUUUUUCUGUCGUUUUUCUUUUCCCUCAGCCUUAACCCUAUUCAGACCGGCGGGGAGGGGCUUUUGAGCCCACCCCGCUAAAAAGUUGAAUAGCUUCAAAACCGUCCAAGCUAGGGCCACCAAACUUAGCGAAUUUUCCUAAAAUUUAUCUGAGAGCAUUUUAAAGUCAUCAAGACGUGUACGUCAGCAUUAACGUUACCAUGGCAACCGAGUUUUGACAACCAUACUUUUCAAAAUUUUCCCAUUUUCUCUAAAAAACUGGGUUUUAUUUCUAUUUUUACUGACUGAGUUAUUAAAUUACACUUAAUUCAGCAUCAUUUUAUCAAAGUUAUUGUAACUUUUAAUGAAAUCGAGGCUUUUUAGUGACAAGUUUGAGAAAAAAGCAUCAGUCUAAUGUGACCAGAUAGCAGAUGCUGAGUUAAAUUUUCAACAGUAUUUUAAAUUUUUAAUUUAAAUUUUCUCGGAAUUUCGUAUUUUGUUGUUUUUUUAUUUGUUUUUUUUUUAUUAUUAUUAUGUUUGCUUUCUAAGCAUCUUUUCAUAAUCAGAUUAUUAAGUUUUCUGUUAAAAAUAACACCAUUUAUACGAGUUUCAAGUAAAAUGGGAUACAUUUAAAUAAUUCAAAAUGGCGGAUCCAACAUAAUGAAUGCUUCCGGUUCCUUUUUUGUUAAUUAAUGACGUCAUCAUGACAUCACUGCUAUUUUUAAAGAUCAUUUAUGUGUUUGCCAACUUCCUUAAUUUUAUCAGAGACCUUACUAUUAAAGUAUUCGCUUUAUGUCUACCCUGAGGGAAAUUUUGAUUUUGCCAAUAAAUUCAACAAUAUGACAUUAUAAUGACGUCAGAUUACGUCAUUAUGUCGAUCAAGUUAUGCCCAGAAGUUGGAAAUGAUGAGUAUAUUAUAGUGUGUAAUUUGUAAUUUUGGCGGCCGUAGGAUGAGCGGUUUUGAAGUUUUGGUUAUACUGUCUCUGUAAAUGGUCCAGACUUUCUAGUGUCGCGUGUGCAGUGUUUGGCCAAUCCUGACAGUGGCAAAUUCUAACCACAAAUGUUACCCCAUUAAAUCGGGUCGAAGAACAAACAUUUUAUUCCAAAUCGGGUCGAAAACAAAACAUUUUUACUCAACACUCGGUCGCUCGGAUUAACAUCACAUCGUCAUUACAUCUUGUCAGGAGCCGAAGUAAUCGGCUCCUGAUCUUGUUGCAUCAUCCUUCGAUUCCAGACUCCGGCCCAGUCCCUCUCACUCGUUCUCAGUCCUCUAGACAAACUAUCAAAUGCUUGCGUGAAUCAAGGAAUGGCUCCGGUCUGAUAUCUAGCUUUUACCUUCAUUUUUCUCAUUUUGUUUCGCACUCCCUUUAUUCAAUUAUCCCCUCAUCAUGUUCCAUAACGCAAAAAAGCAGCCACGGUACCCCAACGAAGAAGGUUCAGCGUGGUUUUUGUACCACUGCGUAUUAGCUUACGAUCGAGGAUACUUCUUCGAAUAUAUGUGCCUUAACUCCCUUUUUCGAUCUUGAAUACAUAGGUUUAUGCAUGUUUCAAAACGGCCCUUCAUGUUAGACUUUGUUACUUUUUUUUUCUUUUUUAAAUUCACUAAAAAAUAAUACAGUUAGCCAAAUCAAGUCAUAAAUUUGCGAUCUCAAGUCCCGACAUGAAUUGCUGAAUCGCUGAAUACAUUGUUUUCUUCUUGGUGAUAAAUGCUUUUAUUAUUUUUAAGGGCGUAAAGCUUUUCUUCGACACGUUAGAGGCGGCGUCGAACUUCCUGAAAUUAUAAGAGAUGACAAUUACGACUUUAACUUCCAGGUGAGUUUAUCAAGGAAACUAGGGUUAUUAAGCCUAAGUAAUACUAAGCCUACGAGAUGAACAGAAACAGCCUGCGGCCAAAAAAAAACCUGUUUUAGAUUUGGAAUGUACGCGACAGACCGUGUGUGGUUUACAAGAUAAAAGAGAAAGUACUGGGGUUGAGGUGUCAUUUUAGUUUACUCACUGACAUCAUGUCCACAUCCAGUGCUACUAUUAAUACAGUGUUUUAUCAUGUCAUUAACUACGAAGUGUCAUUUCUUUCGACAGGAAUAUCAAGUUUUGAGUAAGGAGGUUCACAUCGCUCCGGUAAGAAACUUAUGGUGUCUGUGGUUCUCGUAAGGGUUUUGUAGCGGAGCUCUCGCGCGCGAAGUGCGCGCAGCGUAGCACCAUGGGUAAGGAAAUAUGGUAAUCUACCCAUCCGAGAAAAUUUGGUAAUCACGUGACCGUACGCCUGACCGUCCGUCCGCACCACAGGCAUACCAGUGUUAAAUAACUCAAUCAACAGGUAUGGCGACCCAAAUGCAACUCGAGGUUAUUUUGGCGGGAAAUUGCAUAGCCACCAGCGUCGUGUAAAACAGAGGCAGCUAAAGAGUCAAUAAAUCAAUAAAGACGAAACCGGAAAGCGGAAAUUGUUUCUGUAUUCGUGUUUUCCAAAGUAUGAAGCUUAGAUUAAUUGUCAUGUCCACAAAUUUGGGAUAUAUAGCAUGAGAAAGACAGAGAAAAAGAGAAAAAGUGGCAGGGCAGCGAAACUCGACGGAAAAAGGGUGACAGAGAUCUAGAGCGAGAGAUAAAAAACAAAGGAGACAUCUUUUUGUUGGAAGAACAACAUGAAAAUUUUGUAGCGGCGGCGACAAAAUGAGAAAUACUAGCGGCCACCAAUGCAAGGAGUUAAUGAGCGGCAGUGUAAAAAAGUGAACGAGAACACGUACUACAUUUCCUCCAUAAAAAAGGUUUCUGGAAGCUUCUCGUUGUAGUCGUGCAAAACAAGGGCAAAGAAAUGUACAAAAAAGUAUUUUGCACGUGCAAAGUUGCUUUUUUUGCUAAUUAGACCUCUUGUUGCUUUUUCGACGUUCUCCGGAGUUGCCUUCGCCGCUUAGCAUUAAUUGCACAAGGUACCGUAUAUAACAAAGCUAUGAGUACAGUUCGCAUGUGUGUAGAGUGGCUUCAUUUUCGGGAAAAUUGUGAAUUAUAUUAGAGUUCUCUAGUUUAAAGAAAACUUUAAAAAAAUAUUUGGUGAAUUUGGCAAAAUAAUAUUUUGACAAUAUUGUGGGUGCCGUUCACCGUUGUUUACCUGUGUGUGUGCAGCAACUCUACUUUAGAGUAUUCUGCUCUGGAACCCACCACUUUUCACGAUUAUUUUGCUUGAAGGUGUCUUUUUAUAGUAGUGAUUUUAGGAACAGCCGAUGUCUGUGCUUUUUAACUAGUCUUCAAAUACGUUCUUGUCGACUUCAUUUUCGGAGUUUCAUAGAAAACCUAGGAAAAUUAAAGCAAGUAUACAAAACAAAAUGACAGCAAACCUACCUGGAAAGUACCGUGCAAAACCAGGCCAAGAUAGUUUUGUUUUUUAAAACUUUCAAGAUAAAUUGAGUCUACUGCUGAAUUAGGGUGAAAAUCUGCUGAAAAAUUUGCAAUUUUUAUCGUUGCUGUUUAGUUUGUUGCAGCAUUACCUGUAUCAUUCUGAUGUUUUUUCUACACUGCUCUUCAUGUUUCUCUUAACGUCUACGCGUCGCUUUAGCUACAAUUCUCCCAUUUUCCAUGCCUGCAAAUGAUCGUACAGGAAAGACCUUAUUCUAAGACAAGUACGACUACUAGCGUGAGGAAAAAGCGGACAUUUCGCGACGCCACCAACGGUUUCCCCGCGAAAUGACGUCUGAAAAACGAACGCAGAAUUAAUCUGUUUUUCAUUUCCACUGAUUACAUAGUUUAACUUUCUUCUUGACAGUUGCCUCAGCUUUUUUUUGUCAUAGCUUCUGUUUUGGGAGAGAAAAAACGCAGGGCCCUACUUCAUUGACUACCAUAUGGAGUACCUGAAAAGGAGUACCCGUAAAAAAAAUUGUUGGUCAAAUGAAAUACUUUAUGCAAGUUUCAGUAUUUGUUAGGACAGUUAUCAAUCUCGGAGAAUACAAAAGUAUAAACUAACAGAAGAAUAAAUCUGCUUCUAUUUUUUUCAAACAACUGGCUUUUACACUAAAAGGUUUUUCUGGCCGGAUAGUCUUCGAAUAAUUACUAUAUUCAUUGAAGUUUAACGGACUAUACUAUAAGCUACACGUAUGUAACCAGGCACUCCUCGUCUGAUAAUGACAAUAAAACUAUAACAAAAACGUUUUUAAGAGAUACUUGAUUAAAUUUAACCUUACAAUCGAUUACAAAAGGAAGAGGCAAUUAAAAUAGGAACUUUUCAAAAGAACACAAGCUUGCUAAAUAGUCCAUGACGUGCGCUUUCCUGCUGCUGCUUUCCUUGACUUCCUGGCCUGGGGCAUCCGUUUGAAGACAACGGGUAAUUUGAUCAAAGCCUUCCGUUUGAGGUGCUCAGCGGUUUGUGAACUGCAUCAAACUGUAACAAUCGGAGAGCUGGAAAGCUACAAUAAAGUAAAGUUAUGUACGUCUUAAUGUUUCAUCAUCUUGAUAAAGUUUUUAUUUGACCAAAAGUGAUUCAGUUGAGGGCCGUAAUCCAUUUUAGAUACUCCACGGAGUAGGGCUCCGCGUUUUGUCCUCUCCCUCCUCAUUCCGCUAUUUCCUUGAGAUUAUUUUUUCAAUGUCAAUCAAAUCUGUUUCAGUCCUACUUGUCAGACACUUGCCUACCCUUUGUCUCCCAUCUUUGCUCUAUAUUUCUCCCUCAGCCUAGUCCCUAGGCAUUUUAGGUUCGGUCCAUCCUCGGAGACCUAGGGGCAGAUAGUGGGGGCGAGGGAAAGUCUUCACGGGCGGAAAAAUACGAAGAAAAGUAAAGAACGGCGAGAAGAGCCCCUAGGGACAAUGUCUUACCAGACCAGUUCUAAACGGUCGCCGCCGUUCUGCCUUCUGACUGGUGCCAGAAAACGUUUGGAACUGGUCUGGUAAGACAUUGUCCCCAGGGGCUCUUCUCGCCGUUCCCGCUCAAAAGCGUCUAUCGUUCUCCGACAGAAUGCUUCGUCAUUCUGAAUCGGGGAAGUAUGUAGGCUGUUUAUAUAGAUUGUUCGCUAUUUAUCCAAAAUUUGGCCCCUUGGAUGCUUCUUUUCUUCAUCUUGAAUGGUUCAAGAACGAGAAUCUCUUGAAAAAAAAAAAGAAAAGAAAAAAAGGGAAUAUCGUUCAGUCCACUCCAUGUUUGAUCAUAUAUAUAACAGUAAACGUUAAAGCUUGGUUUUCUGCUGCACAAACCAUGUUUUGUUUACAGCGAGAUCUACGCAAUAAAGAUUAAUUCUAGUUAAGUUCGUCUACAUUAACCCUGCUUAACCGAGUUAGGAAAAGAAAUGAAGAGAACUUACAGAGAGCAAUAAAUCUUUACAGUACACGUUUCAAUAGAUCCAUGCAGAAGAAAGAAAUAUGUUUUUCGCGAAUUUAUUCCUUGAAAAUCGGAAUAAUAUUUAAUACAAACAAAAGAAAUGUGUUAGCUUUAUAAUAAGUCGAGAAUAUUAACAAAUUGUAGAAGAAUCGUAAUUGAAAAUAAUUUACUCACGUCUUGGACGAAACGGCAAACACUGUUUUUUGACGUCUCAGACAACACAAGCUAUGGCGGGAAUUUUCGUUCCAUGGCUACCGGAAGAAGUGCAAAGACGCAUUAUGAACGUCCGCGCGCCGUUGCGGACAUCCCCUGUAUAAGGUCCCUUUUGGUUAAUACAAGGUUGUACAGGAAGCUGGGUCUAAGUUAGUCCCCCAAAACAGUUCCGUAAUGCCAUUCGACAAAACACCGACCCUCAAAAUGGGCAAUUUAAUACCUAACUUUUCACUUGCUUGCAUAUCCUCUCUUGACACUUGCCCAUUUAUGACAUUUAUUGUCUUCUCUUGCAGGGUGAUGCCUUGAUUAACGUCUGCAUUUAUGAUACUAACGAUCGGUUCUUGGUGACUACUGUAGGUUGAUAAUAGUAAAAAAGGCACACAAACAACUAAACAAAGAAACAAACAACCAAAAGAAAAUGCAUUUUCACCGUUUAUAUGGAUGUUUGAACUAGUGGACUGCCCAAUUCGCAAAUGUUACUCACAAUCUUAUGGGAGAACGCGCACCCUGUAAAAACAACAACAGCAACAACAAUAACAACAACUUUAAUUUACAUAAUUACUACUUUUUAAGUCUCAGUUCAACUCAGUUUAAGUACAGUAGACGUUCUCUAUGUGACUUUCGUAGAUAGUAUUUUAACUAGAGAGACCUAUUAAGUUGUCAAAAUCGUGUUAUUUUUUCUUCUUAAGGUGGCUGAACACAGUUUAGGCAGUUUGUGAGUAUAUGUCAUUUGUCAAAUCAUGGCAAGAAAAAGGUUGCAGCUCACAAGCUGAAACUUGACAGUUGAAAAAUACACUGAUAAAAGAUUUUCAUUGACAGGUAAAAUUUGACGUUUUCGCAGUUUCCAUCGCAACAUGAACGACUGAAUACAACCUUAAAUUUUCACUUUUGCUCGGUUUAUAUAGAAUUCGCUCAUUAGAUUUUCCUAUAAACUUACACACAGCUUAUUAUAAUUAAUCAUUACCAUUUGAAACUUAUUUGACCAAAUUUUAACAGACGAGUUUUUAGAUAAUCAAUAAUAUAAUGGUACUGUAAUUAUUAAAUGCGUCACAAAAUUCGUCUUUCAACUUCCAUUUUAAAGUUCUUAUUAUUUAAACUACGAUAAAAGUAAAACUUCUGCCAAAUAUCACAAAAUUUUAAUGAGGAGAUUUUGUGAAAUCGUAUUCUGUGUACCAUUGCUUUUUCGCCGCCAUGUUUGUUUGUCUAAUUUAAAACACUCGCCGUCACGGGAGGUGCCGCUGACCGCUCGCAAAACUGCAUGUUUAUCACUUCCUUAUUUAACAUGUAACAUAAAGUAUAGUUAUAAAUCCGGAAUACUACUGCUGGUAAUCGCAAAAUGUUCGUUACCCCAAUGUGCGUUUGUAGCUUAUGAAUUAAUUACAGGUCUUAACAGACGUAGUACUAGGCGUAUAAUUCUCGCUUUUAAAUAUAUAUUGUUGGUUUUCACAUGACGUCACUAAAAUUCAAACUAAUGUACAAAACUAUCGAUCGUACUGAGAUUUUACUUUCAUGGUGUAUUAGACCAGCUGAAAACUGAUUUUCAAACAAAUUUUCGCAUUAAAAGGUUUCUUGGUUUUGUAAUAGAGUGCGCUUGAAUUGCUAAGCUUUUGCGUGACGCAACAUUUACAUGACGGCCGAGAGAACUGUCAUUUAGGUUAAAAAAGUGACUUUUUCUGAAGAAUUUUGCUAUCUAAUCAAUUCAAGUAUUAAAAAAAUUAUUACUUUUAUGAGUUCCUCUAGGAGUAAAUUCACACUUUUGUAGCAAAACUCGGUAACAGAUGUUUCCGUUAGUUUCCGUCCGCCAUGUUGGAGCUCAUCCGGAUGAGCUCCAGCAUGGUGUCUCCAUACAAAUGUCUAUAAAUUUGGGUAAAACAUUUCCUCGGAUAUCUCGCAUGCGAAUUAUUCCUUCGACCCAAAUCUUUGCGAGGGUCUUUGUAUAUUUACGUCCUUUCAUUUCCCAGAUUCUGGACUUUAUCUGUCGAAUGGUUUUGACUUUUAUUUUGAUCUAUUUUGAAUGGCGUGACACUGAAAACCAGCAAUAUUAAUUGAAGCCACCUUAUUCGUUUCGAACGGAAACUGAACGGGGCGUAAAUCAUUUAUUCUCUUUAUACUGUUUAAUAGGUUCUUUUUGGUUCUUUGUUUUCUCCCUUUUUUUAGGGAGGGCCUUCCACUUAUGAAGAAAUGUGCUUAACGUUUGCUUUCUAUUACCCCAAAGUCGCUUUGUCAAGAUGCACUUCAAGUGAAUGGCCAGCGGUCGUCAACUGGGCUGGAAAAGUUGGUCUCAGGUAUGCAUAAACAGUGACAGGAGUCGUGCCAACUAACAAAAACUAGAUACCUUAUACUUGCAAAUUAUGGUAGAGUUCUGCAAGGGCAUUAAAACCUGAUGGACAAGUCUCGACUAGUUUCUAUCUGUAUACUGCAGGUCAAAAUUAUAUUCAGGUUAAUAUCCAACCAUCCCCCAAAGAGGAGGUUAAUAGUGGUGGUAAUGUAUACCGAUACGCGAAGCGCCAAGAUAUAUAUCCACCACUAUUCACCGACCCUGAGGGGGAUAAUUGUUUUAGUAUUAACCAAAUCAGGUGUAUAAAAAUGAAAAAAAGUAACUUUUUGUUAAUUAAAAUCGUCACUUAGUAGGAACUUUGUUUACAAUUUACAAACAUUUCGGGGACUUUUGUUAAGUGAAUUUUUUUUCCACGGCUUUAUUGGGUACUCCUCUUGUAAUAUACAAUAUAAAUUUAUAAUACAACACAAAAAAAAAAGGAAAAGAAAAGAAGCAAAACCCAAAAGGGGUAGGUGCAACGGGACUAACGCCCCAUGCGAGGCACCGCCCCUUUACGAUUUUGUUGCAAAUUCAGCAUGAAAAUAAUUUUCUACCGACCGGUAAACAUCGACAAGCCAACUUCGUCGCUUUCUUGACACUUGUUUGUACUACUGCUUCAGUUUUCGCUCAAAUUUCGUCUUCCGAAAACGUCUUGAAACGUGACGCCAUCUUGGCUCCGGUCGCCAAGGGUAUUCCGAGUUACAGCAGCCAAUCUGAAAACGCGCGAAAAUUGCUAUUCACUGAUUUGGUAAAUACUAAAAUCUUUUAACCUAUAGGUUGAUUUUAAAUUUACUUUGUCUCCUAGCCCUAAAUAUUUCUUGAAUAAUUAGGGCUAGGGGACAAAGGAAAUAGAGAAUCAAGUAGGUUUAAAAAAAUUACUUUUUACCUGAAUUUAAUUUUGAGCUGUAACAUAACCUAUAAACAUUUUUACUUAGUUGCCAUAAGACGUAAAAAUAACCACAUUUUUACAGGGUUUUAAAGGAAACAUUCACUCGGAAAAUCGGAAUGUUGAAGUUGCCAAUUUAUUCCGGCUUUUCUCAAAAAAUAAAACAAUCUUGUGAAAAUUUUUUUGAAUGUUGUAAUCAGAUCAUAUAAUUUCAAAUGAUGGCAGACUGGAAAUCUAAAAUUCAUUAUUUGCAGCUUGACUCAUAAAAAUGUCCCACAACACCACACAAUUAACAGUCAAAUAAGACAUAAAAUAUUUGUUUUGAACACCUCAUCGAUCGAUAUAUAGGAGACCGGAAGAAAAUUAGUUUUGUGUUUAAAUCACUGAACUGUGACUAUUGCCGAUUGCAACUUUUCCCUCUUUGAUCCUUUAUUGUAAGCCCAAGAUUGUAACUAAAGAAUCUUUUUUUGAAACAUUUAAAGACUCUCUUACGGUACUUUUGCUUGUAAAAAUAGAGAACCUUCUUGAAUUCCGAUCGGACGGACAAAUUUGUAGGUAAACACGCUCAACACCUCAGCUUGAAAUUUGAUCUUUCAAGGCACCAUCCCAACAACAGCAUUUCCUUAAUGAAACAGUCAAUUUGAGUUUUAAAACACUUGUUAAUGAUCACUUAUAUAUAACCAAAUUCGUGUAUCGUGCUGCGUGUUUUGCAAAACUUCAAAGAGAUUUUAGGUUUUUCUUUUCCAUCAAUUUUCUGAAUGGGAACUGGGUUUAUGCAAAUAGCGCUUUCCUACAAGAUGGGAAAAACAGAUCCGAAAUCCAACAUGAUCCAAGAGAAUUGCCAUGAAGAGAGGUAUGGAAGAUAGCUGGAUGGAGGAUAGUAGGCAUGCCUUUCUCUUACAAGUGAGGGAAACAUUCGUAGGAUUAAAAGAAUCACCGAAUCAAACCAGUCGAUUGAGUAUCCCCGGAAAUUGCAUUGUUUUACUUUGGGUUUUGACCUAUUGUUUGAUCUCAACGGUGUAUAAGCAUAAAUACUUGAGAGAUAUUAAAUUAUUACUUGCAGUCGGGUUUGCUCGUUUCGAAAGUUUUUCAAGUGAGAUCUGGCUGGCCAGACCAGUCCAGUCAUCAGGAGAAUUCCACUAUCAAUCAGGACUAUCCAGCCAGAUCAGCUUAUUCAAAAACAUGAUCUGACUUUUGGAAAGUGUCCUAGCAAGCAUCUUAAGCGGGCGAACCUAGGAAGGUGAGUGUUGUUGUGAUUUGAGCUUCACCACCAUUCAGAUUGACGGAACCGCAGACUUUAACCUAAAAUCCCUUUGAAGUUUCCAAAUCGUGCAGCGCGAUACAACGAAUUGGGCUUUAGUUUAUGCUUCAAAUUUGUAUCACUGUUUGCCUUCUUUAUCACAGAAAUUUAAAUGAAACGCGAGAACCAGGUUUUUGGACAGAUAACGUCAACGAAGGAUUGGUCAAAGCUUACAAAGAUAAUGCCGAAGUCAACAGUUUUUGUGCAAGCCGCGGCAACCCAGGGGUAUAUUAGACAGUUAUUAGUUGUUAUUAAGGAAAAAGAAACAAGAUAGCCUUAAAAUUGUCAAUUAUGAAGCCUAUGGAGCACAGAGCGACUUGAGCCAAAUUCUCGUCUCUUUACCUGUCUAGCAUACGUAAUUGAAUCAAAGUAAUUUUUCGCACUGGCCUUCAUUUAUCAGAACGUUACAAAACCACCACAAGAACGGCAGUGAAAAGUAGUUGAUAAUCAAGGGAAUGCUUGGGAGGGCAUGGAAGAGAAUUAUUGUUAAGUUGAUCUGCUAAAUACUACUGAUCAAUUUUCAUCGCUUUUUUUAGGAGAAUGUUCGCAAACCCAAGCCUUUGAUCAGGACACCUUACAAACCGGAAUCCAGCUGCAGACUUACAGAAUCCGUUGGCAGCAAAGCUGUAGUUCCUUCUCACCUUGGACUGCUUGUUACAGCCGUAACUCUAAUUGCUGUCUCAGUCUGA